CGAAUAUGCCUGAGCCGAUGGGAAAUGAUUUGGGAAGUACAAAAAAUGUCAUCCUCAAAUUUGGGAAGUGAUAUUUACCGUCCAAACAUAAUUUUCAAAUUUGAUUCGAGAAUUCCCCCACCACAGCUCAACUGUGUGGUGUUGUUGUUUACUAGCCUCUGUCAUUUUUUGCUGAUUACUGCUGUGAAAUUUUAUGAAAUUAACAAUAUCCUUUCAAUCAUCAAAAGAGUGCUUCAACACAUUUUUUGCAACCAACAGUGAGAUUAGUAUGAAAAAUCAUGGGACGCAAAGCAUUAGUGUCAAACGAGGAAAUAAUACCAGUGCUCCGAAAAUAUAUGUCAUAUUUUAAAACGAACAAUUUUCCCUCAUCGUCAGACAAGGUAUGGAUAGAGAUAAGUCAUGUGUUCGGUGGACGAUGGCAGCCUCAUACGGUUUACACGCAUGUCACGGAAAAUAAAAGAAAUAACUUGGCUGCUGCUCGCAAUCUCGAAGGGGUUUUAACAUCACCCCCAACAAAAGCCACGGUGAAACAAGAUGUUAGUGUCUCUGAAACCAUCAACUUUAAUUCUUCGGUAUCAGAGGAAGAGUUUUCAUUUGAAAAUGAACGUCUCCAGCCCACUCUAGAAGAUUUUCAUCUCCUCCUGACAGACUCAGACUGGAAUCUGAUCAAACCAGAUGACACUUCCAAGUCAAAACAGAGGAGGUUAAGACCCCGUGCUUGGGCUAAUGUUAUUUCAAAUGCUUUCUGGCGUAGAUAUGGCAUGCGAUGUGCCAUGAUCGCCAAAUGGUCCAACGUCAUUAUUGGGAGAGAUGGAUCUUUUUCAAUAAAAUUCAAAGCCAUUUGCAAAAGUGAAAAAUGUGGAAACAUCUUCAUAGGAUCAGCUGUCAAUUAUUCCGGUGUGGGGAAGCUCGACUUGAAUAUUCGUGCUCGAGAUACUCGGCAAGACCUGCACGAGGACGUUCAACGACCAUUGAAUGGUGUAGAACGAGCACAAGUUGGCGAACAAUUGUUGAGGCGAAAGCCAGGCAAUUAUCGUGAGGAAUUAUUACGAAGUGACAUGGCAUUUGGUGAAUCAGUCCCACCAACCAUAAGAAGAGGUCAUAUCUAUCGUCAGGCAAAAAUGGAAGCUGUGAAUAAACAGAAUGGAAUUCUGGUUGGUGAUAAAAGAGAUCAGCUCACAAUCAUACGAGACAUGUGUGCAGAUCCUAAAUAUUCGCAUAUUAUCCUUGAUGUUGGUUUAUCACCAUUUCAUUUAAUUUACGCUACUCCAGAGCAAGCUUAUGUUUAUAAAGAAUAUUGUCGUGUUGUCAAAGAUUCCAAAAUCAUGUCUGAUGCAACUGGAACAGUGGUGAAAAAAUUUGAGAAAGCUCCUGGGGUGUUGACUGGUCAUAUAUUUUUUUAUACGCUCACAAUAAAUUUUGAAAAAAAAACUAUUCCUGUCUUUCAACUAUUGACAGAAAGACAAGAUACAGAUUUCCUCAUCUUCUGGUUGAGCCGUUGGGUUAGACUCUACAAAAUAUCAGCUCCACGACAAGCAAUUAGUGAUCAGGAAAGAGCUCUGAUGUUGGCACAUUGCCGAGUAUUUAAUGGAGUCACGAUCAAACAAUAUGUAGAUAAUAUUUUCUUAUGGGCAUUGAAUGAUAUUGCUAAGGAACGAAAUCCUUUCCCUGCACCCACAGUUAUUCGGAUUGAUGUUGCCCAUUUCAUGGCGGCAGCUGCGAAAUGGAACUGUUUUCAUGACAGGCACAAAUUUCGUCUUAAACGAUUUUAUGUGCGUGCGAUUGCUUUAUUGGUAGACUGUAUGUCUGUACGAGAAUUCCAGCUGGUUUUUCUCCUCACGUGCUUUAUUGCUCUGACACCAGUGACGGAUCAUAUAGUACCAUUCCCAGAUUUUGCUACACUCCCAAACCGCCACAUUCUAGACGUGGGAUAUUCGACAAUGAGUGUUGAAGAGGCUCGAACAUUUUUAGGAGAAUUGAUAUCUGUACGCGGUCCCGUCAUUGACAAUCUUCACAAUCAGAGUGAGACUGAACAAGAGACUAUCUCCAAUUUCGAGGAACUCUCUGAGGAAGAUAAUUGUAAGAGUAAAUAUACGGUGGUUCAUCAGUGGAUAAAAGAUUUGAUUUCUUUGGUGAAGCCAGAAAAUCCAGAAUUUAUCCCAGGGAAUGUGGAAAACGGUCUCUAUUUCCCACCAAUAGUGACGGAACUCGAACGAAUCGGGAAGGAAUUCCCACUGUGGAGCUCUGCUGCUCUCCCAAGUGCCAUUAUUCCAUGUCAUGCCACGACUGCAUCACAAGAAGGAUAUUUUAAAGAAAUAAAAAAUCGUAUAUUUGAGGGCACAAUCCUUCCAUGCACUUGCCAUAGGUUCUUGCGAGGUCAUUUAGACCAUAUUUCCAGUGGGGAGAGAGAAAUGGGAUCAAUAUUGACACGUUUUGUUCACACAAAAAAUAAAGAAGUGUUCCAAGGCGAACCCAGAAAUUGUCAACAGGAUGAGGAUAAGGAGAAUAAUAACUCGCCUUCAGACUCCAAUAAAGCCUCUUUGGGUUAUUCAGACUGUCAGAAAAACAGUCAGAUAUUCAGACAAGAUGAGCCAGCAAAGUUUCAACAGGAUGAUGACAAUGGAAACAUCACCUCGAAUCCAGACUUGAGGAAAAGCCCUCUAAAUGACUCAGAUUUUCAGGCGAAGAUGGAAUGGCGUGGGAUAAUAAAUAAUGAAAAAAAGCCUCUAUGGCAACUUACAACCACAAAUGUCGAAGAUUGUGCAACAGAAUCUACUGAACAAGAGUUGAAUACGAAUGAUAUUUGUUCUGAUAUACUGGAACUGCAAAGUGAUGAUUUAUUUGGACUUAUUAAAGAUGAUUUAUUGAAUGUUGGCCAAGAUGAUAAUAAUAAUAAACAAUCUUCGAAGGAUGAAAACCAAAAAUGUAAAGGUGGAGUACACGUGGAAACUGACUCGUCGAUAUCACUGCUAAAAUCUCCCAAGUUCUCGAGCACUCUAACGGAUGAUAGUGCACCUCUAGCCUCUUAUCAUGCUAGCCCUGUUUUACGUGACAACUCUAAUGUGAAUGGAAACGAGCAUCCUAACAUCAAGAAACAAUAUGGUAAAGCACCUAAAACGAGAAAAGCCACUGGGUACUUUGCUCCUUAUCCUCAAAUAAAGAUCCUCAAUGAAAAUGUCACCAUUUUGAGAACUGGAAACUUUUUACCCAAUGGCUUCCAUUCCCCGGUCAUUCGGUUUAAUGGAAUGGGAAUCAUGGUUCAGGAAACAUGUGGAUUUGACAGCUUUGUACACAUCCUCCAGUAUGCUGCACUGGAUGACACUAAUUAUCGUAAAAUACUGGAAUCAUCAACCAAUGGGCUUUCAGUUUUUACAAUUAAUUUUCUUAAAGAGGGGCUUACAAAAAGUAAUUUAUUACGCCGUUUCAAUCUCCUGUCCAAGUUUUACUCACUCAGACAGGCCAAACGGGCAACUACAUUGGAUCCAUACAUUUUAAAUGUCAAAGAUACCUUGACAAAUAUAUGGAGAUAUUUUUAUACUGAUCCGGUUGCACACAGGCGCGCUUCAUGUGAUAACAAGGCUUGUUCUUACGAGAGAACCAGGCCACUAUAUGACUUAGCUGUGGAUCAUAAUGUUAUCCGGAUAAAUGGAUUCAAAGAAGGAAUGAAGAGCGCGAUUGAAAUUUCUCGUUGGUCAAAAUGUAAAAGAGCUGGUUGCAAUGGAAAUAUCCAUGAACAGUUGGACUGUGGACACACAGUUUUUGUUGAGCUGGAUGUUAGAGAUUUUACAAGAUAUUCAAAUGGGAAGGGUCCAAGACAAUUGCAAUGUAAACUGGCAGAUCUUCCUGAUGAAUUGAAUUUGGGACAAAUGUAUAGAUUGAUAGGAGUGAUUGAUUUCGAGGCACAUUGGACUCACUUCGUAGCUUAUUGUCGACGACUCUCGAUAUCGUGGCUUCAGUGUGAUGACAUGAAAUUGGAGAGUGCUCCAUGGAAGGCUGAUGCCACUAUUACACCUGUUGGUAUUUUCUUGAAACGUGCAAUGUUGAUCCAUCUCCAUGGAAUCUGAUAGACUGCGUAACAGAAUUUAAUCUUUAGGAUAACUCUAGAAGAUGACUAAACGGGUCAUUGUUGUGAUAUCUAGGCUAGAUAUAAAUUUAGUUAGUCAACAAAUACCAGUAAGAGUGGUUAUGGAGAAAAACUGUUUUGUCAGAGUAUUGUUUUGUUACUUUCACAGAUGUGAGUCACCUUUAAUAUUAAGAAAAGUGUUACCGUUCCAUUGUUGGGCAAUAAAAAUAAUUACCAAAGAAGUUCUUCCGUGUGAUGAUCAAUGAAACCCAAUAUUCCUUAUGACCUACUAUUUACAACUCAUUUUUUUUCCGUAAAUUCCUGAGUCCAUGAAUGUAAUUUCAAAGUGAAGUGAUACUUCCAAAUUCUUAAAAUCCAACGUCAUUUACAUUCCGACUCGUGUAAAUGUGUGUAUCGUGAUAAUAUUGCGAGUAGAACAGGAG